CCUUAUGUACGGGUCUGCGCGGUUACGACAUCCCUGUUUCGGUUGCUCAGCAAGCAGCCUGCCUUGGUCAAUGGUUGGUCCAUGUGGUUGCACGCCUACUAGUAACGACCGUCCUAAGAAUGCAAGAGAGUUAGUGGCAGUUUGCAAGCCCUGUUCAGAAUUCAAGGCCUCAGGGCUGACGGUGUUUUGUAUAUGCGUAUAUACUGGCGCACCUAUAGAUUUGUGAACGUGGCGGUAGGAAAACGCUGGCUGCUGGGCUUCGCGGUGAAGGUCCACCAGGAAUGUCACAAAAUGAAGAACAGCCAGAUGACAUGCCGCCUGGCGAUCGUAAGAGAAGGACUCCUAGCCGACCCUGGACUCGCAGCGAAGAAGCUACGCUUACGAGGCUCCAUGCUGCGUUGGGAAAUGCCUGGAGCAGCAUCAGCCGCGAACUAAGAGGGCGCACAUCUAUGGAUGUGAAGAACAUCUUCUUUUCAACAGUACGCUCCACGCGUCUUAAGGGGCGUUCACUUCUUCGUACGUAUGUGGCGCGGCUACGUAACCGCUUCGACAACCCUGAGGCCCGAAAGGCUGCCUAUCGUUAUGCGCUACGCUUGCACGGCCAAGACGGUACAGGGUCCCAAGGCCAAGCACGCUCCCGCGGGCAACGGAUGGAGACGGACGCCGAACAGGGCCCCGAGCCCGAGUUGGACCCAGACACCCAACUGCCGCAGCAGCACGACUCACCGCAACGGCGCUCCUCUGGGCCCUCCUCUGGAGCGAUGGAGGCCCCGGCACCGGCCAAGUACCUCCUGGAGCCUCCCGACCACCAAGCUGCGCCGCAGCCAGUCCUAGCCCUCACACCGCUGUCCAUGUCUCUGGCUGCGCAGAGCCGCCAGCACGCACUGCAGCAGCAGUACCAGCACCACCACCAGAAGCAGCAGCGGCACAGGCAGCCGGUGGGGCCGUCGCAGGGUCCACUAGAACAACCGCCACUUGGACACCACCACCCGCACGGACGCCGGCGCCGUACGCACCAGCAGCAGCAGCACCAGCAGCCGGAGCAGGGCUACCCGGCGGGCUGCUGUCCGGAGCGGGAGGCGGGAGAUGCCGCUUGUUGGGGGCAGCCGGUUGCGGUGCAUGAUGGCGGCCCCGAUGGUGCGCAUGGCCCCUCCGGCCCCGACGGCGGCAACGUGGCGGCGCUGCCGCACCCCAAGCUCUCAAUCACAUCGCUCCGCGGCACCUCCCUGCGGCCCCCAAUCGCGGACACUGACACCCCGUUUCACGCGCCGGGAUGGGGUAUGUUGGAUGCCUUGCAGGAUGUCCCGAGCGCCGCCGCCACCGCCGCCACCGCCGCUGCGCUGCUGGCUCGCAAGGCGCCCGCCCCCGCCCCCGCCCCCGCCCCCGCCGCGGCUACCUCGGUGAUCCGCUUCGCCCCUCCCUCCCCCCGCUACGCCGCGGAUGGCUCCGCCUCCGCCGCCCCGCCGGGCUCCACGCUGCACCCCUUCUCCUCCCGGGUGACGGUGCAGCCGCUGCUGCUGGCGCCGGCGCUGCUGCCGCUGCCGAAGGAGGAACGCGAGGUACGGCACAGCGGAGGUGCCGGUGUGGGGCCGGAAGCAGCAGCCGCUGCGCCUACUGGCAACGUCGGCGGGCGUGGGGUCGCAGGCUUGGAACGCUGUCCGGUUCUGGAGCUGUCGAGGUCGGGCGGGUUGUCGCAGCUGAGGGUGCCAGCUGAGGGCUGCGGACCCGCGUGGGAGAGGUCCCGAGCCCCGGACGCCAGUGCCAAGGAUGCGGCCUCCAGCCAGGGCGAUGAGGGCGACGUGGAGAGGGCUGCAGCAGGCACUGCGCGGAACCAGCGGCUGCUUCCCGGGAGCUCGGUUGCGUUGCAGCAGGCGUGCGUGGGCCGGGUGGCGACACCGGCCUCGCAGCAGCACAAGUCUCCCUGUGCAGGCCCAUGCAGCACACAUCAGCGCCCCCGCGCCCCUCCCCGCGCCGGCGGCUGGCGGGUACGGUGCCUGGGCCUCCGUGCUGACCGCUCUGGACGACUGGCUGGACGAGGUGGACGAGCUGUGCCGGCAGUGGAGGGGGCGGAGCAGAGGCACGGCGGAGGCCAUUGCGUCCGCCACCGCCUCCUGGUCCGCCACACAGCCCGGCGGCGCCACGGCUCCGGGGCCUGCUGGGCCGCCGCCGCCGCAGCAGCAGCAGCAGCAGUUGUUGACGGCCGUCAGUCGCUCGGGCAGGGCGCAGGAGGAGCAGUGCAGUGGAGGGGAUGGCGGCGGCAGCGGCCGGUGGGCGGGCGGGGGCCACAUCGUGGGAGCAGGCAGCGGCAGUGCAGGUAGGGUGCGGGGUUGUGCGGGACGUGUGCGGCUGGUCUGGAUGAGGACAUCGCCCAACAUGGCGGCCCUUAUUGCCCUGGGCGAUCCACGAUGAUUGUGGCUGAGGGGUUGUUCCCUGCUGCCCCAACACACUCUCACCCUUGCCGCUCGGUUGCACCUGUGCGACCUCACGUGCUGCCCUGCAUCGCUCCCCUCAUUCCUCCACCUGCCCCGCAGCGGGUCUCGCACCCACCGCCCCCUCCGGCACCGCUUCCAAAGCCAGCGGCGGCGGCCCCAGCAACCUGACGUACCACGCCAGCGUCUCCUCCUCGGCGCUGGAGGUGGGCCUCAGCCUGCAGUCCAGCCGCCGCGCGCCGCAGCCCCUUCCGCCCUCGGCUUCCCUUCCGGACCCCCCGUACGGCCCCGCGCUGACCUCCCCGACACCAGCCGGCACAGCGGCCACGCCUGAGCAGCACCUCCCACCCGAGCAGGUGCCCCGUGAGCGGGCAGGCGCCGCCCUGCGCUGCACGCCGCUCGCAGCCACCACGACACCUGAGGGCCAUGCGGGCCGGCUGCAUGCACAUGACAGCCGCAGCCGGGGUGCGGAGGGUGCCGCCGCGGGGGGGUCUGACGAGCCGCGGCUGUCAUAUCACACGUCGGGUGGGGCGCCGAGCGGUGGCAGCGAGGAGGGAUGGCAGGCGGGCGGGGCUCCUGACCGCAGGCGGCGCUCACCGGUGGGGCCCUCGGCCCGUCGGUUCCAUCCCUACCUGCCACCACCUCAGCAGCAACAGCAGCAGAAACAACUGCAGCAGCAGCAGCAGCAGCGGAGUUACGAGGAGGAAGCUCGGAUGCCAGGUCGCAGCGAUCCCUGAUACCUUGAAAAGCUGCAAUGCCGGCCUACCUCUAGUGUAUAGAGAUAAAUGGUUGGUAGAUUCUUUGCGAGACAGACUGGGCGUUGAAUUGGUAAUUGGGGAUGCUGGCGAGCGAGGGCAAGUCGUGAUCGCAGCCCUGUGAAGCGUGCUGUUAAUGCUUUGCGCGGCGGCUGGGGCCCAUGUGAAUGGGUACAUUGCAGGUGGGCGGCAGGACUUGUUGCGGAGCAGGGCCCGUUGCUAUGUUGCUUGUUGCGACGCGCGUUUCACCAUUGUUUAUAGGCUUUAUAGACUUUGUAUUCUUGUGCAUAAUGUGAUUGCAAGCAUAUGCAAGCCCUGACGUUUGCACGUGUCUGCAAGGCCCGCGCCGCAAAGGCGCAGGUAGGCAGGUAGGCGUGCGCAUGCGAUUAAUGGCUGAGCCUUGGCGCUCCCAGAGUCUCCGAGCGCCUGUCGGCGUGUGCCCCAAUGGGCGCUGUGAUGGUCAUUUAGUUAGCUGACAGUCCUUUGCACUUGCGUGGGCCUUUCCCUGUGUCGGCCCCUGAAGCCUGGGAGACUUUCCUUGUUGAUUAACUAUCUUGCGGACACUGAGCGUUAGCUGGCAUGUGUGCGUGGCAGCGAUGCGGUGCUUCGUCUACUUUGUUUCGAUGUACGGCAUGCGGAAAGCAAUUCAUAUGGUGGUGUGAUUACGCAUGCUGCUUUUUGGCUUGCAUGGGCUGGCCGUGGGGCUUGAUGCAUGCGCGUUGGUCAUGCCUGCACGCUGUCAAGCUUAUGUGAUUAGGGUAAAUGAAGGUUGAAACUUCGGCGAUGUAUUUAGCGCGCCAUGUUGCCUCUGUUGCCUCGACGGUGUGGAGGGUGUGAAAGGCUCAGCUGUGUGGUUAAGGGCUCAUGUGCAUCCAACGCUAUGAGCUGCGGAAGGUUGUGAUUUUAUGCAUGGUAUGUAAAUCUGGGACUAGGCAUU